AAGAAACCCUAAUUGGCUAUACAAGGUUGGUGAAAUUUCCUUUCCGGUUCUUUUUUCAACCCUAGAAAAUCUGGUUUCAUCUUCAAUUGGGCUACCAGGAAGUUAGACCAUCUGGAGACCUUGCCCGCAUCAAAUGUUCCGGAAAAUCAGACACCAAACCAACCCUAAUAUCUAGUAAACAGUUGCCCGCUUCAAAUAGCACCCGAAGCAGCAGCUGACGUCGUCUCCAUCUCCUCAUUGUCUCUGCGAACCAGAUCAUCCAGCAACAAAAUGUCAGGUGAAGAGGGUACCGUUGCUGUUGAGACACCUGCUCCUCUCGGUGAGGCCAUGUACUUAAUGACUGCAUUGCAGCUACUCCUCAGAAAAUCUUUGGCUCACGGUGGCCUUAUUCGAGGUCUUCAAGAAGAUGCAAAAGUGAUCGAGAAGCAUAUUGCCCAGCUCUGCGUAUUAGCGGAGGACUGCAACCAGCCGGACUAUGUCAAACUUGUCAAAGGCCUUUGUGCUGGCCACGAUGUGGGUCUCUUAACUAUUCCUAGUGCUAAGACCCUUAGCGAGUGGGCUGGCGUAAGUGUUUUCAAUUUAUUAUAUACAUUGAACGUGGUAUUUGUUGUAAUGAUUAAACUUAUUAUUGGCUAAUUAAGAUUAUCAUUUUUUAA